UUUCACAAAUUCGCCGGGUAAAGUAAGAACAAGAAAGACAAAGUUGGUUGAAUUUUCUUGAUAUUUCCUUUGAUUUCUUUAAGCAUUUAGAAUUUCACUUUGCCACAUAGACUAUUUAAGUCCUUCCAAACGUUUGACUCUAAGUUAUUUUGGGAAAAAGCUUAAAUUUAAGGAUUUUUAACGAACGUCAAUUCACCAGUGAAAAUUCGAAAUGUCAAAUACAAAUGCUGAUGGUAGUGAAGCAGCGGACAGAAAUGUCGAAAUAUGGAAAAUCAAGAAGCUGAUUAAGAGUUUAGAGGCUGCUAGAGGGAAUGGCACAAGCAUGAUUUCAUUGAUAAUUCCACCAAAAGAUCAGGUGUCCAGAGUUUCUAAGAUGUUGGCUGAUGAGUUUGGUACUGCCUCCAAUAUCAAGAGCAGAGUAAACAGAUUGUCUGUACUCAGUGCUAUUACAUCAGUACAACAGCGUCUCAAGCUAUACUCCAAGGUUCCUCCCAAUGGACUUGUCGUAUAUUGUGGAACCAUUGUCACAGAUGACGGCAAGGAGAAGAAAGUGAACAUUGAUUUUGAACCUUUCAAGCCAAUCAACACUUCUCUUUACUUGUGUGAUAACAAAUUUCACACUGAGGCUCUCAAUGCUCUCCUAGCUGAUGACAACAAAUUUGGUUUUAUUGUAAUGGAUGGUAAUGGUGCUCUGUUUGGAACACUAUGUGGAAAUACCAGAGAAGUACUGCACAAGUUUACAGUUGAUCUACCAAAGAAACAUGGGCGUGGUGGACAGUCUGCUUUACGUUUUGCACGUUUGAGAAUGGAGAAGAGACACAACUAUGUACGAAAAGUUGCAGAGACAGCAGUUCAAAUGUACAUUACCAAUGAUAAGCCCAAUAUUACAGGUCUCAUACUUGCUGGGUCUGCAGAUUUCAAAUCAGAACUCAGUCAGUCAGAUAUGUUUGAUCAGCGUCUUCAAGCCAAAGUUUUAAAAUUAGUGGAUGUUUCAUAUGGUGGAGAAAAUGGAUUUAAUCAGGCUAUAGAGUUGGCAUCUGAGGUAUUAGCUAAUGUCAAAUUCAUCCAAGAAAAGAAACUUAUAGGAAAGUACUUUGAUGAAAUUUCACAAGAUACCGGAAAAUACUGUUUUGGAGUAGAAGACACACUUAAGGCUUUAGAAAUGGGCGCUGUGGAUAUUCUCAUAGUAUGGGAAAAUCUUGAUGUCCAGCGUAUUGUUCUUAGAAACCACCAGAUAGAUGUUGAUAAAGUCCUACAUUUAAAUCCUGAGCAAGAAAAAGACAAGACACACUUCAUAGAUCCAGACACUGCUGUUGAACUGGAACUUGUUGAGAAGAACCCACUUCUUGAAUGGCUAGCUAAUAAUUAUAAAUCCUUUGGUGCAACACUUGAAAUUAUCACAGACAGAUCCCAAGAAGGUGCACAGUUCUGUAGGGGAUUUGGUGGCAUUGGAGGUAUCCUGAGGUACCGUGUUGACUUCCAGAGUAUGGAAUACCAGGGAGAACCAUUAGAAGACUACGAUGAUGAGGAAUACUAAACACAGUUAACUAAAGAACUGCUUGGCAAUAGACCCCUUGCRGGACAUUGGAAUGCAGCUGAAUUUGGAGGACAUAACAAUAGGUUUCCAAUUUUGAAAUUCUUUUGAUUUGUCCUCCAAAUUGAGCUGCUUUGAUGUCACAUGCAAGGGGUCUAUAAAGUGGUCCAGAAAUGAGAACAAUAGUGGGACAUGCUGAUGACCAUCUUAAGAUACAAUAUGAACACAAAACAAGUAAUUCAUAGAAGUUUUCAUUCUUGAAAAAAAUUACCACUGUUGUGCUAUGUAUACUAUUGUUAUGCAGCCAAGGCAACUCCAGAUGUUAGGUGUGGGUUUUUAGCUUCUGUCAAUCAAAAAAUUGCAACUAGAGCUACUGUAAAACUAUUGCAAAUUUGAUUGAUUUGAAGUUAACAACUCUGACAUCUUGAAUUUUUGUUGGUCAUUUGGAUUGCAAUACUAUGAAAAGGAAUAAAGAUCUAUCAUGUUUUGGUCAGCAUUUUAGAUAUUAACAUACUUGCAUGUAUAUCACGUGCAGCCAUUUGAAGUGUAUAUAGGUCCAGAUCAAAAAUAAAACGUUUUUCAUGUCAGAAUAUYGAGGGCCUAAAAACCGAAUAUUAAUAAUAGUAUUUACUGAUCAGUAACAUUAUAUGUUGUGGUAAUUUUUGUUUUGGGAAAAUAGUCCUUUUUUUUUUAUUAAAUGGUUUUUGCUAGACUGAUUCCAUAAGUAGUAGUUUUCGCUUGUCUUUGAUUCCAGAAUCGACAAUAAAACAAAAACACCGACUUAUGGAAUAAGUCUAGGUUUUUGCCAAAAAUUAAUGUCGUGAUAAACUGCUUGAUUCCUAGUUGUUACAUCAUGGUCCAGACUCUCCUUAGUUACUGUUGCUAUGGCCCACAAGCUCACAACUUUAGCUAACAUCUCAGACUAUAAAAUUCUUGUUGAUGGAUCGUAUAAAUUUAUUGUAAUUGUUUACUAUUAUGAAAAUGUGAAAAUAAAAUGAAAUUGCUGUGUAAUCUCA